AGUUAGGGGCUAGACUGGGGCGAGGCUGAGACUGGAAUUUACGGUUGGCCCGAGGGCUCGGCCUAGCUGAGGUUCAGAGUUGGACUUCUGUGAGGAAGAGUCCUGUAGAGACGAACAACGAGUCUGAGAGCCAUGUGGGUCAGGACGACACUAAGAAUCGAAAGGUGGACCAAGGAAAAGACUGAGUGUAAGCCCAGCAGUUGUGAUAAGAGCCGGAACAACGAUGUAAACAGGUUACCCAGCUGGGAGAGAGGACCUCGGCUGGCUGGUGUGGCAUCCACCACUGACGCCUCUACCUUCUCCUCUGAAGGUGACUGCAAGGAGACUGACAGGUGCUGCUGGAAACACAAGCAGUGUAAUGGGCACAUCAUCUACCCCUUCACCCCUGACUGUGGCCAUCACAGCCUACACCUGCACUCUGCCAGCCACUGCGACUGUGAUUCUAGGCUGAAGGAAUGCUCAGAGAAGGCAAAUAGCAGCAGCUCCCGAGAUGCAAGCCCAACCUGCUCCCGAGAUGUAACCCCGACCUGCUUUAACAUCAUCCCAUCCACCUGCUUGGAGCUCAUCCCGGAGGAAGCAUGUGUGGAGCGAUUCUGGUAUGGCUGGUGCAAAAGCUACAGGCCCAUCUCCGUGGCAGUGAUCCACCACCCCAUUCACCAUAAAUGUGGGGCAGAUGAUGAGGAAGAGGAGGAAGAGGAGGAGGAGGAGGAGGAGGAGGAAAACAAGCCGCCUGUCCUUACCCAGGUGGGGCCCACCGCCACACCCACUGACCCACCCGUCAUCACAGUCACUGGUACCCCUGACUCAGCGCCCAUCACCAUCUGGCGCUCUGACAGCCCCACAGGAAAGAGCCAGGGCAACAAAGUGAUCAAGAAAGUGAAAAAGAAAAAGGAAAAAGAGAAAGAGAAAGAGGAGGAGAUGGAUGAGAAAGCAAAACUGAGGAAAAAAGCCAAGAAGGGCAAGUUGACUAAGAAGAAAAGCCCGGUUAAAUUGGAAUCUUCACCUCCAGACUUGAGCCGGUCAUUAAAUCCAAGGGAGUUGGCCAGGAUGUCUGAGUCCAGCCCAGAAAGCCGGGAAGAGCUGGAGAGUGAGGAUAGUUACAAUGGCCGGGGACAGGAGGACCCCUCCAGUGAGGAUGCUGAGUCUUCAUUGGCUAGGAAGAGAGAGAAGAACACGGUCCAGGCCAAGAAAGUUCCAGCCAAGCCCUUACAAACCAGGAAGGUAACCAAGAGGAAAUCUCCCCCAGCAUCAAACCCCACUCUCAGUUGAGGCCAGGGCAAUCAAGGUGAAGAAUAAAUACCAUCAAGCCUGUAGCCAACCCCCAUUGCUCUUCUUUCUCCCUCCAACCUGGCUACUUCUUGGGGGUGGGUGGGUUGGGCUUGGGGCUACAGGAGUUUCUGAAAGGCAAUCCAGCUUUUGAGGAAACCUAUGGGAAGGUAGGUGAGAGGGAAGGAGAGGGACACAGCUGUUCCUUCCUGUCACCCUAGGACCAGGGAAGAAUACAUCUGGGUGGGGGAGGGAGGGAGGGAUGGCUUCCCCUCUCUCUUGGAGACUGCAGUGCAUGUAAUCCACUUCUAGGAUAGAUAGGCAGUAGUGUUUGCAGUUGACACCUCCAAUAAAUGGAACCUUUUAACCCA